AUGGCCCUUCGCCAACCAGUGCAGCGAAUAGCGCAGCUGCACCGAGCUCAGCGCAACAUCUUCAUCGCCGCAGCCGGACCGAAUCUAUAUACGUUUGACGCCCAGGAUGGUGCCCAAUUGGACGUCUGGCCCGCUACUUCAGUCGCUGAUCGACAUACAUUACCGGUAGAAAGCCAGCCGGUAGCAAAGGACGACCCCACCACUGACCGCGCAGGAACACCACCGCCAGAGAAGAAGCGCAGACUCUCACCAGCCUCAAGCGAGACCAAGGAUGGAAGCAAAGCUCAAAAGUCCUCCUCCAUUGCAUGGACUACUAUACCUUUGAUCCUAUGUACGCCGUCAGGGGAACAUGUUAUCGCAGUGACGGCCGAAGACAAGUGUCUACGGGUGUUUGAAGUAGGCAUCGACGGGACAUUGAAACAGCAGAGUGAACGAUGCAUGCCCAAGCGACCCUGUGCACUUGCACUGGCGCAGAACAACACCGUGAUCCUCUGCGGUGAUAAGUUCGGAGACGUCUACUCUCUUCCCCUUCUCCCCGAUAACAACGCCAAACCACCGGCCGCUGUAGCAACAACCCCUACUCCAACCGAAGAGCCAAAAGCAUUUAAGCCCUCCGCCAACCCCCUCACAGUCCACACAAAGAAAAACUUAUAUUCUCUGCAACAACAGCUGCGCUCACCAGUCGUCAAGCGCGAGAAAGUCGGCCCUUCAUUUGAGCUUAAGCUACUGCUGGGCCAUGUGUCCAUGUUGACUGAUCUGGCGUUUGUCUCGUUCCCUGCUGAAUCACGAAGCUACAUCCUGUCCGCGGAUCGCGAUGAGCAUAUUCGUGUCUCAAGGGGACCACCACAAGCGCAUAUAAUCCACGGAUAUUGCCAAGGUCACACAUCCUUCAUUAGUAAACUGUGCAUUCCCUCUUGGGCUCCGGAAUUGUUGAUUUCCGGCGGAGGAGAUGAUUAUAUCCUUGUCUGGAACUGGAGAGAGGGCAGGAUACUCCAGAAACUUCCGUUACAGCUGGCACAGCAAAGCAGCCAGGCAGACAUUGCUGUAAUCGGUAUCCGGGCAGUGUCCUUUGAAGGUGAUGCCGGCUUAUGCCAUUUUGCGAGGGGCGCUAUUCUUGUUACCAUUGAGGGAUCGCAAGAACUGCUGGCUUUUGGCGUCAAGGCUGAUAACACUUUAGAGCCUCUUCCAACAGUUAAUGCAUCAGGAAAUGUCCUUGAUAUCACUAAUUUGGACGACAAGGGCACCAUCGUAGUAUCGUCGGAUCACGUCCAUGAGCCAGGAUCAACCACUCAGCAGAGAUCCGAUAGUGCAUCUUCGGGCUCGCCACUACAGCAGUUUACAGCCACGAUGGAUUCUGGAAGCCUCAAGUGGGAAGAAUCUCAUUCUCUCGCUCUAAGUAGCAUGGCCACCUGUUCGUCUUUCAGCUUGAAUCUUGCACAAGACGAAAAAGAGAGGCAGAAACAGUUGAAGCAGCUUGGAGAAUCGCUGUAUAAUAUAGGAAACCUCCGCAAAAGCGUGCGGGGUGAGGAAGAGUAA